AUGUCUAAAUGGAAAGACGAGGCGGUGUCGAGAGCGGAGAUCCUGCGGCUCAUAUUCCAGGGCCGGUUUCUACACGGAAAUGUCACACUAGAAGGUAUACAACCCCUCCCUUUCCCCCCUCAUCCCUGUUCCCCAUCAGGUCCGCCACCACUACCACCCACUCCUAACCUCCCAUUCCCACUCUCUCCCGAAAAAUAUGUGACUCACAAAAUGAGGGGAGAGAAGAAAGUUUUGGCUGUUAGAGCACUGCAAAAAUUUUAA